AUGUCAAGACUGCCUGGUACAGAAAUUCUAUCGAACCGCUCGCAAUCCGUCACGAACCGCUCGCAAUCUGUCACGAACCGCUCGCAAUCUGUCACGAACCGCUCUCAAUCUGUCACUAGCCGCUCGCAAUCUACCACGGGUCGCUCUCAAUCGGUCACUAGCCGCUUACAACAUCACCGUGGCACGCCUGUGCUGGAAGAUUAUAAUUACAUGAGUACAUUUAGUCCCAUGUCUAAUGGCGUUUACGUUAUGGAGACCCCACAGGAAAGAGAGACAGCACCGAACGGACGAAGUUCUCAAAUGCGUCAAUUGCCAUCUGUGGAACAACAUGAAUCCUUUCGACAGCGUGUUGGCACACGUGGAGAAGUCACUGAGGGUUUUGGUACGAUGGAUAAUGGCAGCACUAUCAGCAGCUCGAGUAGCAACGGUAUUGAAUCAAUGAGUCUGAGCAAUAACAUGAGCACUACCGCACGGCAGCCACUGAUUUCUACACUACGAUCGACGCAAAAGAACAUUGUUCGAGUGAUCGAUAAGGACAUGACGCAGCAGUUUCGUGGUCGUUCGAAUUACGUGGGACAAGAACGUAUUCGCUGGUUUGAAAAUCGAAAGUCGCAGCUUCUUGGAUUCUGUCUAACGAUGGCAUUCUUAGGUGUCUCUGUUGCAAUGUACAAUUACCGAUGGACGGGACUUAUUGCUGGAUCAGUGAACACGAUUAUCUGUGGCUCUGCUGUUGUAAUCACGUAUUGUCGCAAGAAACAAUGGCAUCAGCAUCCAAAUCCUAUCGUGCAUAACCGCUCGGUGCUGAGUAUUUUCAUGGCUGUAUGCUUGCUGUUGAACGUGCUCGUGGACUUUGACCCGAGUGGCUCCAACACAAACUGUCAGCGACUCGCAGGUAUCACGGAGUUUUUUUUCUUUACGGGCGAGGCGUGGGGACUUGUCAUGGCUUGCGAUCUCUUCUUUUCGCUUACGAGUCCAUUCACGAGCUACAAGCGGUUAAUGAAGUUCUACCAUCUUUGGGUAUGGCUGGGAGGUAUCAUAAUGGGCGUGAUUACCUACUCGGUACAAGGUGCAGGUGGCUUCUUUACCGUCGACGGCCAGUCAAUGACGUAUGAAUCCGACACAGACACGGUUAUCGGUUUUUGUCUUGCUUCAUCGCGAAUUUGCUGUGAUUCUGGCGAAAUUUGUCCGGAAACUGUGACAAAAUGCUCAACUACCUCCAGCUUCUUGAACGCGCAGAAAUGGCCCUGGAUACUGAUUUACUGUUUUGUCCUGCUGGUGCUGUUUGUGUCUGUGUGCGUCUUAACUUUGGCUUGGCACCGACUGUACCUCCGCGGCGUUCCCAAGACGUACAACAUUCGCCUUCGUGUGUUGAACUACAUUUCUUUUUUUACCGGUGCUUACGUGUUCUACUGGCUGCUCCUGCUGCUACUGUACAUGUGCGCCUAUUUCUUGUCGACGAAGAGCGAGACGUCAAACUCAAAGGCCGUCGCGCAGGUGCUUCGUCAGCUUGUUAUCUUUCUCAUUUCGUCCAAGGGCUACUUGGACUAUGUGAUUUGGUUUGCUGUAAACAACAUUGAAAGAAAGGGCGGAAACGGACGUAAUGCAUCAGCAGAUGUGGACGUCGAUUUGAGCCCGCAGGUAAACACAGCACUGCGCUCGGAGAUUUUGUACUACACUACGUCUGGCAUCAAGGAAUCCGUUCGCGCGGUGACUGACGAGCUGAUCUCUAUCCCUAUCUCAGGCGAAAGCGAUGCGGGCAAGUCCAUCAAGUUCUGGUCGUUCUGCCCCGCUUCGUUCCGCAACAUCCGUCUGACGUUUGGAAUUAGUGAUGCUGACUACAUUGAAAUGUUUGGCGCCACCACGAAGGAACGGUUUAGUGAAGGUCGCAGCGGAGCUUUCAUGUUCUACACGUCAGACGAGAGUUUGAUCGUGAAGACCAUGUCACCAGAAGAGUGUGCGUUCUUGCGCAAGAUGGCACCAAAUUAUGAAGCUUACAUGACCAGCAACCCUGAUACUCUUUUGACGCGCUUCUAUGGCUGUCACUCUGUCUCGCUAUACGGAAAGAUGUACUACUUUGUGGUCAUGGGAAAUCUGUUUUCAGACACAGAUGUUGUGCACCAUCGUUACGAUAUCAAAGGAUCAUGGGUUGAUCGUAAUGCAAAGGUGCCGAGUUUCGGUGACAAAACUGCAUGUCGUUACUGCAACGCUUCGUAUACGUUUGGCAGCACAAAGAACCAGGAAUGUGGAGAUGGCAUGAACUUUCACGAACCCGAUAUUGUCCUCAAGGAUAAUGACUUGAUGACCAAGAUUCGAAUCGCGCCUGCCACCGCACACCGCAUCUACGAUCAAAUCCACCGCGACAGCGAUUUCUUGUGUUCUCAGGGCAUAAUGGAUUACAGUCUACUUAUGGGCAUUCAAAGCUCAGAGUACUUUGUUGAUACGAGUCAAUUACCGCAAGCUCGUCGUGAUCUGCUCUUCACGCAACCCGCGACGAGUGUAGCGGGUCCAUCGCUCUACCAUUUCGGUAUUAUUGACUUUCUCCAGCAGUGGACAUUGGAAAAGAAACUGGAGCGAUUCUACAAGACGUUUAUCAAGCGUAAAGACCCGGAAGGCGUCUCUGCCUUGCCGCCGAAACCUUAUAAGUUUCGAUUUCAGCAGAAAAUGUCGCGCAUUUUUGCAUUGUCGACACAUACACGCGCAGAGAAUUACACGGUAUUUAACCACAAUUACCCCGCGCUGAUUGAUGUGCUGGAUCAGGGUAAUUAUGAUGUCCAACGCCACAAUACCUUUAUCAACAACUCGAUCGAGCAACGCCCGGUGUUUAAUCCCGACCAGCCGCAGGAUAUUCGUGUGACAUCGUCUCCAAGCGUAAAAGCGAUCUUUCUUCUGGACAGUGAUGGUAAUCGUGUGUGUGCCAAAUACUAUGACAAGUCGUACCCAACAGAAAAAGAACAGCUGGAGCUAGAGAAGAAGCUUUUUAUCAAGACAAAGAGCUUGAAUGCUCGUCUCGAAGCCGACAUUAUUCUCAUUGAGAAUGUCGUGAGUGUUUACCGUUGUGGAUCCGACACUACGAUGCACGUGAUUGGCUCUGCUUCAGAGAACGAGCUUAUCUUGUUGACUGUCUUGGACGCAGCCUUUGACACUGUUAGCAAUUUGCUCGCGGGACGGAUGGAUCGUCAUGUGAUGUUGGACAACAUCGAGUUGGUGCUACUUACGUUUGACGAGAUUGUCGAUGGCGGUAUCAUCCUGGAGACUGAUACGCCGUCAAUCUCGAACCGCGUGCUCAUGCGCGGUAUCGACAAUGAAGUCCCAAUGGCAGAACUCACCAUUUCACAGGCGUUUGCUUCAGCUCGUGAACAGUUUUCGCGCUCCUUCCGUAGCUAG